AUGGAAGCAGACAAUGCACAGAUGCGUAGAAGACGCCAUAACACUUCUAAUUGUUACCAGUGUGGUCAACCAGGACACCACAUGGCCCAAUGUUCCCAAAGAAGACGAAAUCAAGGAAAUCAACGUCAUGGACGUCGCCAAGAUAAUCGAAAUCAACGUUAUCGAUCACACCAAAGUCGAAACACCAACAUCGGCCAGAAUAACGCGGAAAUUGUUCAAGAUAAUGGCAAUGAAGACUCGGAAGAAGUGAAAAUGUUUGCUGCUCAAGAAGUCAUGUUUGUUAAAAAGAAGUCUCCAAAUCAACGAUAA